GGGCCGGAAAUCACUGUAUUGCAGCAGGGGAACCUUUCUUGGCGUCUCUCCUCGCUUUUGAUCUGAAUUGGGUCGGUGCACGCUCUCUCCCUAAGCGCUGGUAUCCAUCGUCCUGAAGAAAGAAGUUACAAGAGUAAAGGAAGAGAGGAAAUAAGGUCGGAGGACGCAGAGAAGGAGAAUGUCGAAGAAGAAAGCUUUCAGCGGAUCUACAAUGACGCUGAAAGACUUUCAUGGCGGUUCCAUACCUUCUGAUCUUCCUUUACCUUCUGCGCCUGGAGUCAUUGUAAGGCCUUCCGAUCGCCCUGGUUUUGACCGUCACAUCCCAACAGCUUGGGGAAACCCUAUAGGACGAUCCGAUCAUCGUUCAAGACCAGGAUCUUCUGGGGCAACCCGUAACUUUGACGAGAAAGCUUCGUUCCUUUCCCACCCUGCACACAUCGGCCGGAAUUUCGAUGAAGAUGAACGCAAGCCGUUAGAUUGUCUCUCUGUUCCGCGUCGGACCGUCAGUGAUGAAAGCCUACGCCCACCAAGUCGUCCCGAACAGAAGCCAGAUUCACUGUCUUCGGUAAAGUUUUCUGGAUCUGGGAAGCAAGUGUCGAGCCCUGUAUCUUACUCGACAAGUACUGCUGCAAGUUCCUUUCCAUCGAGGUUCACUGGAGCGUCACCUGUGGGUGGUAAUCCACAACCAUCGAAUGCUUCUAAUGGCUCUACUGUUUCCAGCUCUUCUCCAAAUGCGUGGGGGAUGAGGAAGGAGGUGGUAGGCGUCAGUGAACCUGUUCCUUCAUCUGCCUGGUCUGGUCCGAGUGCUGUCUCAAAGUUUGCCCAAGCCACUGCGCUUGAGAAGGUUUCAUCAGGUAGAUGGCAGUCUAAGCAUCCGGUCCAUCAUCAGCCCGAUGUUGAAGUAAUAAGAUUACCUGAAACUGAGGGUGAUUUUCGCCCAAAGGAUGGCUAUGCAUACAAUGUUGUUGAUCCAGUGAGUGAGAGGGGUGACCAUAAUGUGACACAGGGAAGAUAUACUGAAAAAGGCUGGACUGCUGCAGACGGGAUACGGAGUGGUGGGAAGGAGGCGGUAGAUUAUGAAAGGGCAAGGUCUCCGAUUUAUCCAGAAGCAAAGGAGAGGAAUUUGUCAUUCUAUUCUGAUGGGGUUCGUCCAGCUUCUACUGAAGGAAGAUUUGUUGGAUCUCAAUUACCACCACCAGUUCCUUCAGAAGUAUCUGAGAGGCCUAAAUUGAAACUUCUUCCAAGAUCUAAGCCAUUGGAGACUUCAGAACCACAUCUUGUGGAUUAUAAGCAGGGGCACCAUCAGUCCACCAACUCUGGUCAUUUAGAGACUCUUGACGAACCAUGUGCAAAUGCAAAUUCUUCAAAACCAGGGUUAACUGGUGCUGAGGGGUCAAAUCGCCUAGCUGAACGACCCAAAUUGAAUCUAAAGCCCCGCUCACAGCCUCUUGAACAAUCUGAAGGAAAUGUUGAAAGAGAAAGGCAGAUGUUAUUUGGUGGUGCACGCCCUCGAGAGCUGGUUUUGAAGGAGCGGGGUAUUGAUGAUGUUUCCAUCAACAACCUUGACAUAAAUCAACAGCCCAACAGGAUUAAACAUGAAUUCCCCAAGACUGAAACAAAGUCUGAGCCUGUGGGUCCACUUGCCCGAUAUGGUGAGAGGGCAGAUAAUUUUGGUCCUGAUCAAAGGGUCACAAGGGAUCCUGAGAGAGUAGAAAUGCAGAGGAGUUCAUGGCGGAAUGAGAAUAAGAGGAAUGGUAGGGAGACUGAUAAGCAGCAACAAGAACGACGUCCUGAGCCUGAGACCUGGCGUAAGCCUGCUGAGCAGGCAAAAGCAUCUCCUGAUGCUCCUGGUCUGCGUUAUGGGAAAGCAGCAACAGCCUUGGAACUUGCUCAAGCAUUCUCAAGGUCAAUAUCUGAUCCAAAGGCAGCUGAUCGCUUCUCUGGCCAGAGAGGCCUGCCUGGCCGGAACCAGGUGCCUUUUUCGCGUCUGACAGAUACCCGUGAGUUUUAUUCGGGUCCAACACCAAGGCGUCAAAUCAAUGGUUACUAAUAAGGCAUCUGAGAAAUGGGUCCAUUGGUUUUGCUUAAAGGCAAAACAAAAAAAAAAAUCCAUCAUUGAUGGUUACUAUCAAGUCUAACUUUAUGGCACUGGGCAUUUAGAAAGUUUUAGUAGGGGAUAUUGGUCUGGCCCUUCAGCAAGGAAAAGAAGGUUUCGAAUUCAACUUUUCAAUUUUACAGAUUAUUGUUAUAGAAAAUUUAUUUCACUAUGCUACCUUGGGUAAGAUUCCGGUUUCUGAUGCUA